UGAAGUCCUCUUCUAAGGCUCUCUACCUCAGAAAGCCCUCAGACUCAGAGGCUGCUGCGGUUAGGAUGGCUCGUUAUGAUAGUCCUCAGCGACUCGAAAAAGCUUUUGUUUUGGAUGGGGUGGCUGUGAGCACAAUGGCCCAUGCCUACAGCAUCUUGAGACCCAAGCUGUGGUCAGCAAUUCCGCCUUAUAACCCUCAACUGGACCACCACACUCGUCGGUACUUCCGGAGCCACGUGGUUCCGCCCAUUUUGCGGAAAACUGAUCAGGAUCAUGGUGGUACUGGAAGGGAUGGCUGGAUCGUGGAUUAUUUCCACAUUUUUGGUCAAGGACAGAGAUAUCUCAAUAGGAGGAACUGGGCAGGAGCAGGGCAUUCCCCCCAGCAGGUGAGUGGUCAUGACUACUACAAUGCCAACCCGAAGGCCAUCACUACGGGCUUAAACGGUCGAUUCGGUUACCGCCGGAACACUCCAGCCCUCCGCCAGCACACAUCGGUGUUUGGAGAAGUAACACCAUUUCCCAUUUUCUGAAGACAUCGUGUCACAGGCCUUGACCUGUACCUUCAAGACAGAUGUUAAGAUGAACUGUCAAUGAUAUUCCAUUUUUUUAAACAUUGCA